UCUGUUUAGUAGAAAAACUUAAAAUUUUACUGUUUUAUCAGCUAGUAAAUAAAUUACGAAUAACUCGGCUGCAAGUUCUAAAGCUUAAAUACAUUCGGCUAACACCAACAAAGGAGGAAGGGUAGAUUAAAGAGCAGACACAACGAAAUUCCUAGGCACUGCUAAUUUACUCAGGCUUAGCCUGUUGUUGCGCACUUACACUAUGGCCUGGCGUUCAGUAGGUGCAGACAAUGCUGAUCUCAUACGGCAGCUAAGAGAAUACGGCGUCAUUGCAUCAGAGUCUGUGGCAAGUGCAAUGGUAGCCACGGAUCGCAAGCAUUAUUCCCCUCGUAAUCCAUAUAUGGAUGCACCACAGCCCAUUGGCGGUGGAGUAACUAUCAGCGCUCCACAUAUGCAUGCCUUUGCUUUGGAAUAUCUGCGCGAUCACUUAAGACCUGGCGCACAUGUCUUGGAUGUGGGCUCUGGCUCUGGGUAUCUGACUGCCUGUUUUUAUCGCUAUAUAAAGGCAAAGGGAGAGUCUGCCGAAACGCGCAUAGUUGGCAUUGAACACCAGGCGUCACUAGUCGCUAUGAGUAAGGCCAAUUUAAAUUCGGAUGAUCGCAAUAUGCUAGACUCUGGGCAAUUGCUCAUUGUAGAGGGUGACGGACGCAAAGGACAUGUCGCCCAUGCACCAUAUGAUGCCAUACACGUUGGCGCCGCCGCACCCGAGACGCCCACCGAGUUAAUAAAUCAACUAGCCAAAGGAGGACGACUAAUAGUGCCUGUUGGACCGGAGGGUGGCUCGCAGUAUAUGCAGCAGUACGAUAAGGACGCAAACGGCAAGGUGGAGAUGACGCGCCUAAUGGGCGUAAUGUAUGUACCUCUGACAGAUUUGCGUAAUUGACUGCAUCUCCUGUGGAAGGCCUGCGUCGUAUUGUUGCUUGGUUUUGUCAUCUACCGACUUUGGGUUUAUUAUUUUUAAAAUAUCAUCCCUCAAGCGACUUAAAAUGUUAAACUCAAUUAUUUUUGUAUUCCUAUAAAGAAAAAUCC